AUGUCAGAGGCCCCGAAACCGAACAAGAAAAUCGUCGACGACGGAAACUUCGAUAAAGAGGUAUUUCAUCACGAUUUUCGUCCCAAAUCAUCAAUUUCAUUAAGGUUAUCUCAAGAUGGCCCGAUCUCGAUCUGGCGCAGACGAGAUUCAUGCUCAAUCACCCAGAAGUUGACAAAGAUGUCAAAGCUCAAAAACUCGCCGUUCUUCAAGAGGUAUCGUGGAAUUUCCCAAGCAGACGCUGAAACUUAUUUUCAGGCCAUCAAAGAAUUCGACAUGGCACCUUUCUACGAGCUCGUCUGUGCUGACUUCAAAAUCGUCGUCGACCAGACCCAACUGGCUUCCAUGAAAGCGGCGAAUCAGAAAAAGAUUACCGAAAUCCAGGCCGAAGUUGAAGACGCUGAGAAAAAUCUCGGAGAGUCGGAAGUUCGCCAGGGACUGCUUCGCAAGUUCGAGUACUACUGCCAGAUUGGAGACAAGGAUAACGCGCAGAAAGCAUAUUUAGCCACCUACGACAAAACUGUUGGCAUGGGAUACCGUAUCGAUCUGGUAUUCGCAAUGAUCCGUGUCGGACUGUUCUUCCUUGAUCACCAUCUCAUCAACAAGUACAUCACCAAGGCCAAGGAGCUGAUGGACCAGGGAGGAGAUUGGGAGCGAAAGAACCGUCUGCGUUCCUACGAGGCUCUUUACCGAAUGUCUGUUCGUGAUUUCGCUGGAGCCGCCAAUCUUUUCCUGGAAGCCGUUCCGACAUUCGGAUCGUACGAGUUGAUGACCUAUGAGAACUUGAUCCUGUACACCGUCAUCACUACAACCUUUGCUUUGGAAAGACCCGACUUGCGUACCAAAGUGAUCCGUUGCAAUGAGGUUCAGGAACAGCUGACGGGAGGAGGAUUGAACGGAACUCUGAUACCUGUGCGCGAGUACCUGGAAUCCUACUAUGACUGCCACUAUGAUCGCUUCUUCAUUCAAUUGGCUGCUUUGGAGAGCGAGCGGGUAAGAAAACAAUCUUUACUGCUGUUUCCUAAAGCAUCACGUUUCAGUUCAAAUUCGACCGUUAUCUGUCACCGCACUUCAACUACUACUCGCGUGGAAUGCGUCACCGCGCCUAUGAACAGUUCCUGACCCCAUACAAGACUGUCCGCAUCGACAUGAUGGCCAAGGACUUCGGAGUGUCCCGUGCUUUCAUCGACCGUGAACUGCAUCGCCUAAUUGCCACUGGCCAGCUGCAGUGCCGGAUUGACGCCGUGAACGGAGUGAUCGAAGUGAAUCAUCGCGACUCGAAAAACCAUUUGUACAAGGCGGUCAUCAAGGACGGCGACAUCCUUCUCAAUCGCAUCCAGAAGCUCGCCAGAGUCAUCAACGCCUAA